AUGGUGCCUUCACUAGACAAAGAGUUCUUGUACUCCGGCGUGCCCGUUGGAAUAGCCACAGGUGCAGGGACGUGUGGUGAGGCAGUGUCCUACACCUUGAAGAUUGAGGGGAGGCCUUACACCAUCCACCUGCAGCAGCAUGCCUUUUUAUCUGAUGAUUUCCACACUUAUGUGUCCAGUGAGCAGGGAUCUUUGCACUCUGAUUCUGCCCACACUGAGGGAGGCUGCCACUACUGGGGCUACAUCGAUGGCUUCCCCAGCUCAGCAGUGACCCUCAACACCUGCUCGGGGCUCAGGGGUUUGCUGCAGUUUGAGAACGUGAGCUACGGGAUCCAGCCCCUGGACUACUCCCCUGCCUUCCAGCACGUCCUGUACAGAGUGGGUGAGGAGCAGAUGGCAGCAGCCCCCCCUGCCCACAGCCCCCCCAAGGCAGGGCAGGGUGGGCUGGCAGCCAUGGACAUGCUGGACGAGGCCCCCAGGGAUGACAAGCCCCUCUCGGCCGCUUUACAAUCUCCCAAAUUCCUCACAGUAUACGUGCUUUUGGACAAGGCUUUGUACACCUAUAUGGGAUCAGACCCGAAUGCUGCAACACAGAACAUAAUCCAGGCCUUCAAUUUAAUCAACAAUAUGUUUAAACCCCUUAAUGUCACCAUUGUGCUGUCCUCCCUGGAGCUGUGGGCAGAGGGGGAUAAAAUAUCAACAGCAGGGGACACAGAGGACCUUCUACAGCGAUUUUUACAGUGGAAACAGUUGUCUCUGGAGCCACAGGCACACAACAUUGCUUCUCUCUUAGGACAUUUCAGCGGGUCAAAAGCCUUCAGUAACUGCAGCAUCAGGGACUUUGAGAGCUUCCUGAAGCAGGGCAGAGGCGAGUGCCUUUUCAGCAGCCCCCGGCUGAGCCGCCUGCCCCGGCAGAGCAGCGCCGUCUGCGGCAACCGCGUGGUGGAGCCGGGCGAGCAGUGCGACUGCGGCACAGCCCAGGAAUGCCAGAAGGACAGAUGUUGCACUCCAACAUGUACACUGAGGCCAAGAGCAAGAUGUGCCUCUGGAUUAUGUUGUAGAAAUUGCCAGUUCAAGUGGAGGAACACGCUGUGCCGCCCGAUCGCCGAUGCCCAGUGUGACCUGCCCGAGUUCUGCAGCGGCUCCUCCGCCUCCUGCCCACCCGACCUGUACGUGCAGGAUGGGCAGGAGUGCGGCCGUGGCACCGGCUACUGCUACCAGGGACGCUGCCAGUCCCCAGACCUGCAGUGCAAGAGGCUCUAUGGGCAAGACUCAAAGAACGCUCCCACGAUGUGUUACGAGGAGAUCAACGGGCAGCGGGACAGGUUUGGGCACUGCGGCUUCCAGUCUAGACACAAGUACCGGCGCUGUGUUUGGAGGGAUCUCAGGUGUGGGAAGUUAAUCUGCACGUACCCAUCCCACAAGCCCUUCUUAGCACCUGCCACUGCCGUGAUGUAUGCCCGGGUGAGACAUCAUAUCUGUGUGACUCUGAACUACCUGAACGUGUCCAUAUGGCUGGAUCCCCUUCUGGUUGCUCCAGGGACAAAGUGUGGCUCUGGAAGGGUGUGUAUGAACAACACAUGCCACCCACUCUCGGUGCUGCGACAGACCUGUGACAGCAAAACAAAGUGCCACGACCACGGCGUGUGCAACAACCUGGGCAACUGCCACUGCAACUUCGGCUGGCAGCCCCCCGACUGCCAGUGGAGGGGGUCACGCCGGGGGGGCAUCAGGGGCAGCGGCCUGCAGCUGGCAGAGGGAGGCCUGCAGCGAGUACUGGAGGAUGGUGAGAUGGCCUGGCUGGUGCUGGGCUCCAGCCUCGUCCUGCUGUUCCUCACGGCGGCCCUGGGGUUCGGCCUGUGGCGGCAGCAGGUGCCCGGCCAGCGCCAUGGGGAGCAGGCGCCGGGCACCGAGGGCAGCAGCCGGGACAUGGGCAGGGAGCUGGAGCCAGACCUGGAGCGAAAUCUGGAGCCAGGCCUGGAGGUAAAACGAGAACCAGACCUGGAGCUACAUCAGGAGCCAGAUGUGAAGAUAAGUGGGGAGCCAGGCCUGGAGCUACAUCAGGAGCCAGACCUGAAGGUAAAACGGGAGCUAGGCCUGGAGCUACAUCGGGAGCCAGGCCUGGUGGUAAAACGGGAGCCAGGCCUGGUGGUAAAAUGGGAGCCAGGCCUGGAGGUAAAACAGGAGCCAGGCCUGGAGAUAAAUCUGGAGCCAGACCUGGAGUUAAAAUGGGAGCCAGACCUGGAGCUGAAUCUGGAGCCAGACCUGGAGAUGAAUCUGGAGCCAGACCUGGAGCUACAUCAGGAGCCAGACCCAGAGCUGGCCCCGGAGCUGCAGACAGACGUACAGCUUGAUCCAGAGCUGGAGCUGAAGACAGACAUGGACCCACCAGCAGAGCCAGCACUGGGGCAGCACCACGAGCACUAAUUAAAGGUGUUGGACAAAGCUGCUGUCAUGGCCAGUGCCCCGUGGUUUUAUGCUUCCAUAGUUUGUUUUUUGUCAGAGUUAACCCUGCUCUUAGGGCCUAGGGGCCACAGCUGCUGAGAUUGUCCUCUUUUCUCUGUGGGCACACAGUGGUCGUUGGGAUUUACCCAUCUGUGAGGGCUGUGAAGCUGCCUGAUGCUGGGGGCUGUUCAGCAGGGCUGACUCUGGUGCUGUGGCUGCCUCUGAAGAUGGAGGAAUCCGGGCGUGUCCGGCCUUUCUUCUUCUUGGCCUCCAUGUUCUGCUGUGAUGGUGGCACUUUUAGAUUGGUUUAAGGUAGAAACUCACUAACAUAGGUGAUAGGUAUUGGGAAGUUAUGGUAAAUAAAGUACAGGUAGUUUUUAGUAUAAAAAGUUAACACCACCUCAAGGUUUGCCUCAACCUGACCUGCCACACAGACCACAGCAGGUCAGAGAAAGAAUGACAGAGAUAAGAAAUAAUAAAGAACCUUGAGAACGAGAACAGAGGAAUCCUGACUCCUUCUUCGACUGCUGGGCUGGGAAAAGGAGACUUGUACAUAUCUCAGAGUCCCUGUGACCAGCAGAGAUUCUGAGAACCUCCCACCCCAUGGGAGCCUGGCAGCCCUUUGCGGCAUUCCUGGGAGGAGUCAGCUUCCCCAGAGACAGGUGGCCCAAGGCUUUCCCAUCCAUGGGAACAG